CCCCCCGGGGAAACCUAGCAGGAGGCGAGCACUGAAGUCACGCUGUGGGGAUGAGGUCACUGCUGCCUCCCUCCUGGGCCCCCAAAUCCCUCAGUACCCACCCAGCAGGUCUUGGCUUUUCUCCCAACCGCUUUGCUGUAAGUGGCGUGCCAAGUGGCCACCAGGGGGCGCGCUGUGGCAACUGCGAGGGCAGAGGGGGUGGAGGCUGGGCUGGGCUGGGCUCGUUCCUGGAAUGGGCCAGGAGGGAGGAGAAGCAAGCGGAAGGAAGACGGGUGUGUGGCUGGUCAGCCAGUCCAGGAGAGCACCUCUCCAGAGGCCAGUUUGGGCGUCCUGAGACAGAAGCUGCAGGUAGGCCGAGGAGACACCAGGCCCAGCCAGGCAUGGCUGAAUCUGCAGAGGCCCCGAAGCUGGUCUACUUGGUCACGGGAGGCUGCGGCUUCCUAGGCGAACACGUGGUGCGCAUGUUACUGGAGCGGGAGCCGAGGCUCCGUGAGCUGCGUGUCUUUGACCUGCACCUGAGUCCCUGGCUGGAAGAGCUGAAGACAGGGCCUGUGCAGGUGACUGCCAUCCAGGGGGAUGUGACCCAGGCCCACGAGGUGGCAGCGGCUGUGUCUGGAGCCCACGUGGUCAUCCACACGGCAGGGCUAGUGGACGUGUUUGGGAGGGCCAGCCCCGAGACCAUCCACAAGGUCAACGUGCAGGGCACACAGAACGUGAUCGAGGCUUGCGUGCAGAUGGGGACUCGGCUCCUGGUCUACACGAGCAGCAUGGAGGUUGUGGGACCGAACAUCAAAGGCCACCCCUUCUAUAGAGGCAAUGAGGACACCCCGUAUGAGGCUGUGCACAAGCACCCCUACCCUCACAGCAAGGCCCAGGCUGAGCGGCUGGUCCUGGAGGCCAAUGGGAGGAAGGUCCACGGGGGGCUGCCCCUGGUGACCUGCGCGCUACGUCCCACGGGCAUCUAUGGUGAAGGCCAUCAGAUCAUGAGGGAUUUCUACCACCAAGGCCUGCGGCUGGGGGGCCGGCUCUUCAGGGCCAUCCCAGCUUCUGUGGAGCAUGGCCGGGUCUACGUGGGCAACGUGGCCUGGAUGCACGUGCUGGUGGCCCGGGAGCUGGAGCAGCGGGCCGCGCUCAUGGGUGGUCAAGUGUACUUCUGCUAUGACAAGUCGCCCUAUAAGAGCUACGAGGAUUUCAACAUGGAGUUCCUGGGCCCCUGUGGACUGCGGCUCGUGGGCACCCGCCCACUGUUACCCUACUGGCUCUUGGUGCUCCUGGCUGCCCUUAACGCCCUACUGCAGUGGCUGCUUCGCCCGCUGCUGCUCUAUGCACCUCUGCUCAAUCCCUACACCUUAGCCGUGGCCAACACCACCUUCACGGUCAGCACCAACAAGGCACAGCGCCACUUCGGCUACGAGCCCCUGUUCUCGUGGGAGGAAAGCCGGACCCGCACCAUCCUCUGGGUGCAGGGCAUGGAGGCCUCUGCCCAGUGACGGUGGGCUGUCCUGGCGCCUCCAUCCGGCUCCCAAGCCUGGGGAGGGAUGGUGUGGAGGCUCUGUGCAGGACGGCAAGUCCAUAAGCCUGGAGUCUGAGCUGCACCCCGAACCUUCCAGGGUCUUUCUAGGGCAGUCUGGGGACAGGAGUGUCUGCACUCCCGCCCCGGGCCUGCGGGCCGGCCUUCCUCCAUUACCCUUCGCACCCCGGCUCCUGCGGCAGCAGGUGCCCAGUGCGUCUUCAGCCUGGGUUCAGAGAGAAGAGGCUUCUCCAGCCCCUCAGCGUCCUCCCUCCUGAGGGGGUUAUCUUCCCACUAUUUAAGAAAAUAAAGUUUCACCUCCAGA